GAAACUAAAGUCAUUGAAACCAAAGUCAUUGAAACUAAAGUCAUUGAAACCAAAGUCAUUGAAACCAAAGUCAUUGAAACCAAAGUCAUUGAAACUAAAGUCAUUGAAACUAAAGUCAUUGAAACUAAAGUCAUUGAAACCAAAGUCAUUGAAACCAAAGUCAUUGAAACCAAAGUCAUUGAAACUAAAGUCAUUGAAACCAAAGUCAUUGAAACCAAAGUUAUUGAAACCAAAGUCAUUGAAACCAAAGUCAUUGAAACCAAAGUCAUUGAAACUAAAGUCAUUGAAACUAAAGUCAUUGAAACCAAAGUCAUUGAAACCAAAGUCAUUGAAACCAAAGUCAUUGAAACUAAAGUCAUUGAAACCAAAGUCAUUGAAACCAAAGUCAUUGAAACUAAAGUCAUUGAAACUAAUAGAUGUAUUUAG